GCCACUGAGAUGACUCGAGUGAGCAGAAAGUAUAGAGAGUGGGCUCUGCAUGUGGUGGCGCUAGCUAUAAAAGGGGAGCUCUCUCCCAUGGUUUUUUCGACAUUAUAUUGUUUACUGGAGGCGGCUAGCUAGUACUGUCAAGCUAGUAUUUUGCAAAUCUUGCAAGGAUCUGAGUAGCUGCCGAGCAGGCAUCAGUCAACAUGGAGGACUCGAGCCUGUUCAUGCAAUGGGCGGUGAGCACGCAGCAGCACGAGCAACCGGCGGCCGCCGUCGACGGCGACUGCGGCGAGGCGACCUUCCCCUCUCUCCAAGCGUUCCGCGAGGCCUCGCACGCAGCCAAAAUGGUGCAGGAGCUGAUCGCGGAAGCCCAUGCGGCAAACAGCUGGAGCUCCGGCGACGGCGACAUCGCCGACGGCAGCAGCGUCGGCAAUAACUCGGCCCCCGCGGCAGUGGACCAUGAUAUCUGGCCCAUGUCGCCGAACUCGGCCAGGCGCGGCCCGAUCAGAAGCAGCAGCGGCACCAUCCUGCCCGUGAGCUGGAACUUCAGCGCCGCCUCGGCGCAGCCAGGCAGCGACGGCGUGAUGGAGACCACCGGCGCCGCUACACGGGGCCUGCCGGAUCUGGUGCACGGGUCACCGCGGACGAGGAGAUCCGGCCUAAAGAGCGCAGCGGGAUCCAUGUCGGCGCCGUACGCUCAGGACCACAUUAUCGCGGAGCGGAAGCGGCGGGAGAGGAUCAACCAGCGCUUCAUCGAGCUCUCCACAGUCAUCCCCGGCCUCAAGAAGAUGGACAAGGCGACCAUCCUUUCUGACGCGACGAGGUACGUGAAGGAGCUUCAAGAAAAGCUCAAAGGCAUGGAGGCCGGCGGCAGCAACAGUAGGAGCAUCGAAACCGUGCUGCUCGUCAAGAGGCCAUGCCUCCAUGGCGCGGCCGAACCGGACGACGAUGGCUCCCUCUUGUCGGUGUCGUCAGGCACGCCGGCAGCGAGGAAACAACUGCCGGAGAUCGAGGUCCGGUUCUCGGAGAAGAGCGUGAUGGUGAGGGUCCACUGUGAGGACGCCAAGGGUAUGGUCGUGAAGGUGCUCACCGAAGUUGAGAAGCUUCACCUUAGCAUCAUCCACGCCAAUGUCAUGCCGUUCCCGGCUUGCACUCUGAUCAUAACCAUCACGGCAAAGGUGGAGGAGAGCUUCACAGUAACUGCGGAGGAGAUCGUUGGCAGACUUAACUCUGCAGUACUGCACCAGCAUAGCAGCUGCAACAGGACUGAAGAAACAGGAAACUAAUUAAAGGCAGCGCAUAUACAUACAUAUACAACGGUAUAUAUAUGACGCAUGAUUGUUUCCUUUUUUUAAGAAUUUACUGCUUGAGUUUUUCCCCCUCGGCGCGACGUCGCUUCAUGUAGCGUGCAUGCGAUUUACCAAUAUAUAGCAUGCACAGUGAAGUGAAGCGAAGUGGCCAUGCAUGCAACUCUAGUGGAUCCUUGGCUGCUUGCGACGAGAAUUUCUUCACCACAUGUUUGCAAUUUGGUGCGAAACAUCAACACCAAUGCACACGGAUCGAAUGCUAUUGGUGUCACAGCAAAGCGCUCGAGAAAUAUCAAGUCAGCUGGUCGGCUUCCUAUGAAACAAAACGUGCAACGCAAGGACCAAGUGGGUCUGCAAGUUAAGUUGAUUUGCACCAAGCCUAGCUUCCAUGCUUGUAAAAUAUAUAUAGUCAUGUACUAUAUAUUAUCACUAUUAUGAUGCUAGCUAUCUCGAUCGAUCUAUAUUCUUUCAUUUACAGCUACUGCUGUAGUUUGU